AAAUUCACUUUGUUGUAUGUGUGUAUUGAUUUUUACUGCAUAAUCACAGAGGGUCUCGCUUUCUGCUAUUUUUAACUUGUAGAUUAAGGGUUCACAAUGAUGACAAAAUCUCUGUUUGGCGUUGCUGCCUUUACUUACUUUGCUAUUUCCAGCGUUUUUGCUGAAGAGGCCGCUAAACCAAAAUUUACAGGACUUGUCCUUGACGUCAACAAGGAGAUCAUUGACCACGUUGCUGUAGAAUCGACUGGUAUUGACGAUCAAAUUGCUACCGUUUUUGCUGCCCACAGGGACUUUGCCAUCGAGAAGGUUGUAGAUGGUGAGAAGAUCAUCAAGACCUUUGACUUGAGUAAGCAAACUCCUGAACGCGUCGAGAAACAUGUCAAGGGUGACAAAAUAUUUGUAGUAAUCACCGUAGAUCCUGCUCUUCGUCUUGCCUUCAAGAAGGAGGGUGAUGCCUGGGUUGAGAUGCCACUUGCUGACUUUUACGAGGAGCUUGUAUUCAAGGGUCUCAGCGGUGUUGCUGUUGAUCUUGACAAGUUUGCCGAUGGAUCCCUUUUCUCCGCCGCUGAGUUUGGCUCCGGCAAUAAGCACACCUUCAGCGCUGCUGGAAAGCGUGCUUCCAAGGUUACCUUUGGUGAAAAGGAUCUCCUUGACGGUAACAACGAAGUUAUUCUCGAUGUAUUCGUCUUCGUCAGUGGCGACAAGAAGGUUGCAAAGGUCGUCUACCUCUACAAGGGCGAUGGCAGAAUCAAGGAAAUCUUCUUCCAACUUGUUGACAAGGCGUGGACUAGGGUUGAGGUCAAGGCUGCUGCUACCGUUUUGCACAGCAUUGAUAGUUCAUUCCCCGCUGACUACAAGACUGUAUUUGAUGGAUUCUCCGCCUAUGGCGUCUUCUCGGCUGUCGCCGCCGUCUUUGCUGUUGCAUUGUUCUGCUAAGCGCUACGGAUAGGAAUCGCUCCAAUUUUGGAAAAUCGUAUUAUAGGCCAUAAAUGUUCAUGCAUGUC